CUCUUGGGAUCUUUGGACAACCAGCGACUUGACAGAAAUAUCUAUUGCCAAUUACUUCACAUCUCACAAUCAUAUAGUAAUAGAACAGUGUUUGAUAUGCAAAUUUUAAACAAUCAAUAUGAUGCUGACCGAGAUACUGACUAUCUAUACAGCUUGAGCCACCCAUCUUCUCCUGCCCAUAUCAAUUUCAAUCACCACUCCCAUCUCACAACCACAUUCAUUUUCUUCAGCUCCAUCUUUAAUCUCUCAACCACAUCAUUCAUCUUGUCUUAUUUCCUCCACAUGCAUACGCAUAUACAUAAAUACAAGAAAAACCCAACAACAAUAUCCCACAUUGACAUGUGCAACCACGACUGCGUCCCAGCAAGAACUCGCGCGCGCAAAAGAGCAGCAAGUACUAAACAAACUAAAAGCAGAAGCAAGUUGUAUAUCGAACAAGGUAUCUGAUGAUCUGAUGAGGAGUAGGAGAGGAGUACAAGAGUUAUUAAAAGGUAGGUAAUAUGCCCCGAACCAAGGUCCACCAAACAAUAAAAACGAAAAGCAACUAGUAAUAGGACAGGGCAGAAACAACACAAUGGGUCCAGCCAGAGAUGUGUGCGUGCGGUAUUAAGUAGUAGUGUGUGUGUAAGAGAGAGCGACGCAGAACAGUGCGCCGAAGAGAUGGUAUAAAGAGGAAAGAGAUGAU